GGUGUGAUGCGACCAAAAGUGAGCUCGGCCCAGCAGGGGCCAGGGGCCAGCGUAGCGCUUGUGGAGUCGCUGUGCGCCAGGGCGAGCAGGGGGUGCUGGCUUUGGAGGGAGAGGGGUGGCGUCUUGCUUCUCUAGCCAACUUCCCGGCUGUGUGGGAGGCAGUGCGGCAGCCGAGUGCUCAUGGCCCGUCACAUCCCCCCGCUGGGAGCCCGCCCGCCCUGUACAAAAAAGCCGAUCUCCGAGCCGUCAGAUGACAAGGCGAGCGCCCGGAGGCUGUUGAGGCUCCGGCAGCAGCGGCCCGCCGCAGCCGGGCAGGGGCGCUCUCCCCGCGGAGCGGCCGGCAGCAGGAGCAGCGGACGCCUCCCCCGGCCAGCGGCUUCCCGGGCAGAGAAGUUCGCUCAGCCCCAGCCCCAGCCCAGCGGCGGCGGCUCCUGCGAGCUCGGCGGGGGGGACGCGCAGACCUCGCCCGGAGCGGCCGCUGCCUGGAGCUCGCCCCGCACCCCCCCGCCAGCCGCUCCCUCCCUGCUGCGCCGCCGAGGCUGCAUGAGGCGCGCCGGGCUGGUCUUCGGGGCCACCUGUUCCGCUCGGCUCCCGCCCGGCCGGCCAUGAACGCCUCGCUGGGCAACCAGAGCGCGGCGGCGGGGCUCUUCCUCGCCAACAGCAGUGACGCCCUGGAGCGGGCCCUGGGCUGCUGCACCCAGGCCUCGGUGGUGACCGACAACGGCUUGGUGGCGAGCGGCCCGGACGAGAGGAGCCUCUACAUCAUGCGGGUGGUGCAGAUCGCGGUCAUGUGCGUCCUCUCGCUCACCGUGGUCUUCGGCAUCUUCUUCCUGGGCUGCAACCUGCUCAUCAAGUCCGAGGGGAUGAUCAACUUCUUGGUGAAGGACCGGAGACCGUCCAAAGAGGCGGAGGCGGUGGUGGUCGGGCCCUACUGACAGCAGGUGCCUCCCCCCCGGGAGCCGGCCAGGAAACAGGGGGCACUUCCCGCGCGGGCCAGCCCCACCCCCGGGAAGGGGAGCGGAGGCGCCUCGGGCCCCGCUGCUGGCUUGGGGGCUCUGCCACCGCUGGCUGCCCGGGGACGCUCGGAUGCAAGCCCCGGGGUCCCCCCCCCCCCCCGCGCGGCUCCUGAGAUGGCUGGCGGGGCGAGGCGGACACAGCCCCCGCAAGGAGCCAGGACGCGUCUUUCUCUUCUGUGUGUUACACGGCCAGAGCUGAGCCUCCUGCAGCGCCUUGUAUAUAGGGAUUAUAAUGCACUUUGCUGCCUGGUUUAAAAACGGGGGGGGGGGGAGCUGGGGGGUUGGUAAGGAAACGCUGAUUGUCAAUUGUUAAUUCCUGUUUCAGAGAUUUUCCUUCCACGGUGUUUUAUCCGUUUGAUAGCAGCCAGGACGCUGGCCCGCUGGGAGGCGGGUUGGCAGUUCGGUGCCUCUAAAGAAACGCCACUAGCCCCCGCCCUGUGAACGUCUCGAAGUUGGCUUUCUACUGUCGCUCUUUUCGUAGCCAGGCUCCAGGUCACUCUGGCGGCUGCAGGAGCCGGCGACCCUGAAGGCUGAGCCCUCGCUUCUUCUCUAUGAAUUGCACGGUUUACACAGCGAAAAGCGCUCGGGCGGGAACUGGCGUGGUGUGGUGUUUUUCGUGGGGUUUGGUUUGUUUGGGUUUUCGUUUUUUUUGUUUUUUUCUGAUUUCAUUUGCUUUAAUAAAUACAUCUUAAACUUUUCGA